GUGGAGCUGCAGCGCAACAUCGCGCGCUGAACGGCGCUUCAUCUGCCUUAGUACGGUUUGGAUUAACGAGCUGUUUAAAGCGAGUUUAUGUCUUUGGCACGUCUUGGCUUCAGUCCUGUAACGCUGAGGGCGCCCACAGAGACCGCUUUGUCCUCCGGGGCUGUUUGGCUUCUCAUCGGAGCGACGCUCAGCGCAGCUUCACCUACAGCAGCAUCUAGAGAUCAUGCUGGAGCGAUGAGAGACCCAGGACCCCAGAUGAACUGAGGGCUUCGUUUCUUCAGCAGGUGAGAUCACAUAUCUGGGAGAGCAAGAACUGAGUGAGGACUGAAGCAGGAGAAGGAGUGAGAGAGUGAAAGGAGGUGUUUGGUUGGAACGGCAGACGGAGGGAACAGAAGGGCUGGAUGCCAGCGUCCAUCGGCUCCAGCAGCUCCCAGGUGCCUCAGAGAUGGCCUCCAACUUCAAUGACAUUGUCAAGCAGGGCUACGUCCGAAUGCGGAGCAGGAAGCUGGGGAUCUAUCGGCGCUGCUGGCUGGUGUUUAAGAAAUCCUCCAGUAAAGGGCCUCGCCGUCUGGAGAAGUACCCUGAUGAGAAGUCAGCUUACAUUAGAGCCUGUCCUAAGGUGACAGAGAUCAGUAAUGUGAAAAAUGUGACGAGACUGCCGCGCGACACCAAGCGCCAAGCUGUGACCAUCGUCUUCACUGAUGACACCUCUCGGACUUUCACCUGUGAAUCAGAGCUGGAGGCGGAGGAGUGGUUUAAAACCCUCUCAGUUGAGUGCCUGGGCACCCGACUGAAUGACAUCAGUCUUGGGGAACCUGACCUUCUGGCCGCCGGAGUUCAGUGUGAGCACAAAGAGCGAUUUAAUGUGUUCCUGCUGCCCUGUCCCAAUCUGGACAUCUAUGGAGAGUGCAUGAUGCAGAUCACUCAUGAGAACAUCUACCUGUGGGACAUUCACAACCCCCGCACCAAGUUAGUCACUUGGCCCCUCUGCUCGCUCCGCCGCUACGGCCGUGACGCCACCCGUUUCACCUUUGAGGCGGGCAGGAUGUGUGAUAGUGGUGAGGGCCUGUAUACUUUCCAGACACGGGAAGGGGAGCAGAUCUACCAAAGGGUCCACUCUUCUACGCUGGCCAUUGCUGAGCAGCACAAGAAAGUCCUCAUGGAGAUGGAGAAGAACAGUAGGCUCCUAUCCAAAGACUCAGACGCAGGCUCCUACCCCUGCACGCCCACAGCCAUCUUGCCUCGCAGUGCCUUCUGGCACCACAUCACAGGAACACAAGGAGGAAUGGACCCCGCUAAUGGUGAGAUGUACACUGGCUGUCAGUCAGGAGCGGAGUCUGACCUCUUUUCUGCACACCUUCCCCCAGAACACAACUCCACUCUUCCAGUGGGCCACAACCGACAGCACUCAACACAUUACCCCACUUAUCCCAGCCAGUGAGGGGCUUCACAGAGAACACCUUUAGGUUUCGUGCCUGAAAAUUCCUCCAAACUGUGCUCUGUCCCAAGUCUUCUCAUCUGCCUCUUCUCACCAGGGGCAGAUCUUUGACACCAUGCUGCCCCCAGCCAUCCCUGAGAGUAGCGGAGGGCCCUUCCUGAGAGGAAAUCCAUUGUUAAGCGUGGAAUGGAUUUGGGCUUUUUUGCAAACGUGACAAUAACACAAAGUUUUUUGUCAUAACGUUGGUAUUGACGCAGUUGCCCACAGAGGUCAUGGUUUUUGGCAGGGGGCAAGACUUUAGGUUUAUAAUGCCUCUAUCUCUGUUUCUGUAACCCAUGCACGGUCUCUGUCUCUGUCUGUGUGUUGGUGCAUGUCUCCUGUGACUGUGGGGGAGUUUCAAGAUUAGUAGCAGGGCUGCCUUUGGUUUAGAUUAUUUGGAAUACUUCCAAGAAUGAAUAUAAGAGUAUAGAACUAGAGUAGAUAGGCUUCCACUUCACCUUCCUGCCAGCUUUUACCUACUUCAGCACUGAAACUCUUGUUCUGUAGCACGAGAGCACUAAAAUUCUGUCAUGCUUUAAACACAGAAGCUCAGUUUAAAAGAUGUGUCUGUGACACUUCCCUCAGUCUGGAGCAGAGGGAGGAACUUGAGAGAAACCUAGGUUACUUCUGUGAGGAACUCUGAGACUUUCCAUCCUUCAUUCACUUUUCUUUUCCUUUCUUUUGUCUCUCAUUCUCCAUGGUGAGACACCUCAAGGUGGAUUUAUGCCCCUCUGCCUUCUCAAGAAUGGUGACUGAGG